AUGAAGGGGCUCUUAGGAACCGUGCUUGGGUUGUUGAUUGUAUUUCGUCUCAACCAACCAGUUCAAUCGGCAUCCCUAAAGGGAAUAACCUCUGGAAUAGCUGAUGGUGUAUUGUGUGAAGCUUGUACUGUCAUUGUGGAUACCAUUCAGAAAUUAGCUCAGUUUCAUUUCAGUGAGUCCUUGAUUGAAAAGGCUGCAAUCGAGGCCUGUGAAAAGUUCAAAUUAGCCGAUGAUCGUAUUUGCAAACUCAUCAUACCUGAAUUUAAGGAUGAAGUCCUUUAUGUGUUUGAUCAUACUGCGCUCUCUACUCGGGAAAUAUGUGGCACUAUUCUUGAUGAUAAAUGUGGCACAACGUAUGAUCCUUUCAAUCAAGAAUGGACUGUUCCUGUACCUGGUGGCAAACCUCCCCUCAUUCCUUAUCAGCCACCAAAAGUCAACAUUACUAACAGAAUUCUUCAUAUUUCUGAUAUUCAUUGGGAUCCUCAGUAUACUCCUGGCCUUCAAGCUCGUUGUGAUGAACCAUUAUGCUGUAGACCACCACUACCAAAAGGAACUCCAGACAACUCAGCUGGUGCUUGGGGUGAUGCUCACUGUGAUAUACCACUACAAACUGUUGUAAACUUAAUGGAGCAUCUCAAUGCAACACAAGAUCAA